AUGUCAACCUACAUAUUUAUCUCUGAUAUUGGGUCAUUUACUCAAAUAUGCUUAUUCGCAGUUAAAGCAACAUCAACAUUAUGUAUAAUAUGGAGUGCAUAUGUAUUUGCAAAAACACGACUGUUUUCCAGACGAGAUUCAGACAUUCAUAAUACUGUUGAUAAUAAGAAAAGGAAGUAUGAACAUUGUGAUGAAUCAGAAAUUUCUACACCUUAUGGCAAUUAUUCUUCCGAACAAAAUCUACCAUCUUUAUCACUUUUGAAGGGUAGUGUCAUAAUUCGCAAUAGUAUGAAUGCACUGUAUAAUUUAAUUCAUCAUGUAAAGCAUAAUAGUGAUGUUAAUGUUGCUACUGCUGUGUCUACAGACGCUGACGAUGUCACUUCAACAAAUCCAUGUAGUGAAUUCAAUAAAAUCACUCAUUCAGAUGAACUGGGUUUAUUUUAUAAAAUGAUAUGUGAUUUAAGUGUCAAGGCUGGAAUUACUACCAGUAAUAUUUACAGUACUCCUCGUAAACGAAGUCGUUUAUUGUCUUUCAGCAAAGAUCCAAAACUCACUACAGACUAUAUAUUACAUCUUUUGAUUUCAUACAGCAAGGAUCUUAGGUAUUUGGAUCACUUAUUCCAAUGUGAAAAUUUUGAACGUCUAAUCAAUUGGCUUAGUUCAAUCAGUCUUUCAGCAUUAAACAAUUCAGAUAACAAUAAUACACUACUUAUUGAUAAACAUCAUUCUUCACCAUCAGUAAAUCAACUCUUAUUUAAUGUGGAUCAAUGGACAAAUGAAUCAUAUUAUUGUGAUGAUAAUAAUAGUAAUACGGAUUCAUCAUUUGCAAAAGUAAAUAACUUGCCUGAUGUUCAUCUAGAAUAUCCUAUUCAUCUUUUAGUCGCUAAUUUUUUAGCAAACAUCUCACAGCAUCCAUCAAGUUCCGUUUUAAACAAUUAUGAAGAUAUCAAUAAAUUAAUCAGCCUCUGGAAAGUUUCUACAAGUUUGCAUUUAAAUCUUUUUGGUUCCAAGAUUGAUCAUAAUUUAAAAAUUCAUUCUAAAAUAAUUGACAGUUCAUGUUCUGAUUCGCUCAAUUCAUACCCUAUCUACUGUCCAGAUGUUUAUAACUUAAAUGAUUCCAACAAUAUCAACGAAGAUUAUGAUUUUGAUAUUAUUUUUGUGAACGGUAUGUUGGGUAGUGUUUUCUACACUUGGAGACAGCAUGAUUCAAUGCUUGCCAACAAUGCUACUCAGUAUACAAAAUGUUGGCCUAGAGACUGGCUUUCCCAUCGAUUUCCGCAAGCUCGAAUUAUUGGUGUUGAUACGUCAUUGAAGCCAUUUGUUUGGCAUUCAAUUUGUCCACUUCAAAAGUUACGGCGUACAUUAAAUGAGCGAGCUGUAGAUAUAAUGAAACAACUUAAAAAAGCAGAAGUUGGUCGUCGACCUAUAAUAUGGAUUACUCAUUCAGCUGGAGGUAUACUUGUGAAAGAAAUGCUUCGAUUGGCUAAUUCUGUUAGCAAUGGUACUUCCGAACAAUCGGAAAACGAUCAUUCUGAGCCAAGUACCACGUUUAGCACUAGAGAGUGUGCACACGUUUCUCAUACUUAUGCAGCUUUGUCAGUUUUAAGUGGAGAAAACCCAUCUGUUUCUCAAUCCUCAAUUUCUAAAAUCGAUCCAUCCUGUAAAUGGUAUUGUCACGAAACUGACCAGGAGAAUGGAAAUCCGUCAAAUAUAUCGAAUACUAGUUUUGUUGAAGAUAAAAAUUCCAGUACUUCUGAUAAAUAUUUUGAAAAUCGUAUGUAUUAUUCGUCUAGUUGUUCUGAUUUUCUGUCCAAACGCAGUAGUGAUGCAUCAUUCCUAACCACUUUAUCCGAUAGUUCGAAAACAGAUCCUGUAAAUUACCAAACAUUAGCAAGCAGUACACAAGCAGUUGUAUUUAUGAGUACACCACAUAGAGGAAAUCAAUCGGUGCACACUUUAUAUCGUCGUCCAUUCCGAUGGGCGCUUACUCCUGAAGCUAUUCAACUUGAAAAAAAUUCAAACUAUUUGUUGGAUCUCCAUGUUUGGUUUAAUCUAUGGGCAUAUAGUCAUAAAUUACAAAUCUUAUCUAUGGUUGAAAGUCGUGUAACACCAAUCAACAGAUUUUGGUCUGUUUUAAUUGUCCCUGAAGAUGUUAAAGACCGAGAGAUGGGCAAAUUGGUACGUAUCGAUUCAGAUCAUUUAUAUAUAAGUAAACCAAUGAAUCCUUCUGAUCUAUCAUAUACCAGUAUUGUUAAUUUUAUCGAAAAUCUAUCGUUAUGUAAACAGGCACCUGUGAAUACUGAUAAAACAACCUUUGUAACUUCCCAUAUUUCUAGAGUACAUUAA